AUGCCUGAAUUUCUCCGGAUUGGGGUUCUCUCCAAGCAAGCAUUUUUCCAUGAGAUCGUUGUGGCGUUGACUGCUCCUGAAUACUGCGAACUUAGGUGUGAUGUUAGAUUAGCCCUCGACAAAGGCGCAGAAAUCGGAAGUUCUCGCGUAGUCGAUGGUUCUCGAGCCUUUUCUGGGUCGAGUCAUCACACGAAUACACGCGUCCUAUGCACUGCGUAUAACCAUGGCAAACCACAUAUUAGUUCAUCGAGGUCGAGGUCAACCCUCCGACGUCGAGAUAUCCGACGACAAGUCCGGUGUCGUUACGGCAAAUAUGAUACCAUAUCAUCGAUAUUAAGCCGCUCUUGGCUACGGUUUCCUCGUCAUGGAAAAGGACUCGAUUUCCGGGGAUACUUGUUCGUCCUUUCCGUCUUCGCAAGUCCGCUUCUCGAGGAGGGGGCCGUGCCGUGGGUGGUACGCAUUGGGAACAAGGGUGACUAUGACCGAAUCGGCGUCGUUCACGCAAGGCAAGAAAAAAAAUCUAGAGUUCUCGAGGCCUUUGGCAAACAUAAGACUCCGGGGCGCGUUACGGAGCCUGUCGCGUACUUAUUGUGGUCGACUUUUUACCUGACAGUAAUGCAUCCGAUCGGCGACUACGUCUUCGACGCCUUCGAAGCAUUCCACGGCCUUUCAGAUUACCGUCUUGAUCUGGUUCAACAAAACCGACUUGUUUCCGAUCUAGGAAUGCUAUUCUCGAGGGGCAUGGCAUUGUCAUGCGGUGCUUCUAGCAUGCGUAUAGUUCGCAACGUCUACAAGCACCCGACGAAGAGGUGA